GUGUUGUGUCCAAUAGUCUGUAUUAGACACAACUGAAGCCAUCAUGAUGAAAUUCUUUGUAUUUUUAACCCUUGCUGCUUUGGCCAGCGCUGAAUUGAUCCGUGUACCAAUCCACCGCCAGCAGAACUUCAAGAAGACCCGGGGCAAUGUUAAGGCCGAAUUGGAUAUCUUGCGCAGCAAAUAUAAUUUGAUCGCAACCAGCGAUGAAAGCAGUAAUGAAAGCAGUAAUGAAAGCAGUGAUGAAAGCACUGAUGAAAGCAGUAUUGAGGAACAAUUGGCAAACACGCUGAACAUGGAAUACUAUGGCAUCAUCACCAUUGGCACUCCCCCACAAGACUUCCUGGUGUUAUUCGAUUCUGGCUCCUCCAACUUGUGGAUUCCAUCUUCGCAAUGCUAUGCCAAUAACACCGCCUGCCAAACCCACAGCCAAUACAACUCAUCUGCCUCAUCCACCUAUAUUGCCAAUGGUGAAUCCUUUUCCAUUCAAUAUGGCACCGGUAGUUUGACUGGUUUUUUGUCCACCGAUACCGUUACAGUCGGUGGAUUGGCCAUUCAAUCACAAACUUUUGCUGAAGCCAUGGCUGAACCCGGUACUAGUUUUGUUGACUCCAUCUUUGAUGGUAUCAUGGGUAUGGCCUACCAAACCAUUGCUGUCGAUAAUGUAGUUCCUCCCUUCUACAAUAUGUUCAGCCAAGGUUUGGUGGAUUCCGCUGUAUUCUCCUUUUACUUGGCUCGUAAUGGUACCUCCAUCAAUGGCGGUGAAUUGAUUUUGGGUGGUGUUGACCCAUCCCUGUACAGCGGUUAUCUCACCUACGUUAAUGUCUCCCAACAAGGAUAUUGGCAAUUUGAAAUGGAAAGCGCCUCUAUUUCCGGUUAUGUUGCGUGCUCCAGCUGCCAAGCUAUUGCCGAUACUGGCACAUCAUUGAUCGUUGCCCCCAAAUAUGCUUUCCUCGUAUUAAAUGAAGUUAUUGGUGGAACUGAAGGCUCUGAUGGAAACUUCUAUGUUGAUUGUGCCAGUGUCUCCAGCUUGCCCACAGUCGAACUCGCCAUUGGUGGCACCCUCUUCAGUUUAACCCCCGAUAUGUAUAUAAUCAAUGUCAAUGAUGAUGAUACGAACUACUGUAUGUCUGCCUUCACCUACAUGGGUACGGAUUUCUGGAUUUUGGGUGAUGUCUUCAUUGGUCCCUACUAUACCGCUUUCGAUUUGGACAACAACCGUGUUGGUUUCGCUCCAGUAGCUUAAAAAGUAGUUGAAAUUAGAAUAAAUAAAGUGGUGAAGAACCAGAUUGUCUGAUUAUA